AUGGCGUCGAUGAUGGAGGGUGACCCACAUGAGGUGGAACAUGUGGAAGAUGAUCGGUUCCGUGGUGAAGGUAAAAUAGUUGAUGAGCAGGAUCGUGAAGAACAUUUUGUCAAACCAUUGCAUACUUAUUAUUGUCAUUGUGGACAAAUGGCAAUGAUAAGUGACACAUUAGUUCAAAGGAUGCCUUUAAGGAAGCGCGAUAAGGCACGUGUAAUCGAUCCUCAAAGAACUGUUGCUAGGACAUUCUGCGAUCAGGGUGAGACUGUCUAUGUUAGAAGACCUGAAGGUUUGGAACAACAGUAUCGUAAGAAUUGCCGCAAAUGUGGUGCUGCAUUGUUUUAUCAGCAUCCUUUCAACCUCAAAUACGUAUUUGUAUUCAACGAUGCUGUGCUUUCUGCCCAGCAAGUUGGAGGCUUGAAACUAGCUAAUGAAGAACAGCCAGUGAAAAAAGUUAUAAUGACAAAGCAUGUGAAAAACCAGGGUAAAGUUGGUUCGGUGACAGUGUCCACAGUCGAAGAAGCUGAAGAUGAGCUUGAAGCACAUGAAAUCGCUGAAUCUUAUACAUUGAAUGCGAGAAUGAUAGAAUAUCAGAUGAAAAGAAAGGGUAUGCCGAAGAAUCGUAUUGGCGAAGAGAUUCUCGAUGCUGAAAAGAAAAGAAAUCGAAACAAGCGUGGAACUUUGUUGUAA